CUUCUUCCUCUUUCCCUUUCCCCCCCUCGAAUAAUAUAAGAGUCUGAUAUUAAAAAAAGGAAAUUGCUAAUUCUUUUUCGUGAAUUCAGAGCCCUUUAACGCUCAUAUUUCAGCUCACUACUCCUCAAUUCCACUCUUCAUUCAUUGCAUAGCUUGCAAUCCGCCUAAUUAUAUAAUCUAUCAUUGUCCACUCAAUUUGAUAUUUUUCCCGACGAGUUCGGGUUCCUCAGCUUCGAAUUGGCAGCCGGGAUUUAGCAUGGUUGCGUUUAAUUGGUGUUCGUGAAAGAUUUGGAGGAUCGCUGCUUUGAAUUUCGUAGAUCUGGGUUAAUGAAAUAUGUAUCAGCCCACGGGUGUUCCUAGUUCAAGUUUAGUUCACAGCAAUCCAAUUGUUCGAAGUCAGCCGUUAGACUCUGUUGAUAGCACAAUGGAUCCUAUCAGUGGAUCUAACAGUGGGAGCAACAAUCAAAGUUUGGCCUCUAAGCAGCGGCUCCGUUGGACACAUGAGCUUCAUGAACGGUUUGUUGAUGCUGUUGCGCAGCUUGGUGGGCCAGAUCGUGAGUUCUUGUUACUUGAUAACAUUAGUUUCACAUUGAUCCGAAUGGCAAAGAGGAGAGAAAAGAAAAAGUAAUAAGUACUCAACAACUUAAAGGAUGUAGUAAAGGUUGGAGAUAGUUAAAACAGAAAAAUGUUCCUUUAGCUUUGUUUGCCCAUUCACUAAAAGGAGCUACUCCUAAAGGUGUUCUCAGAGUUAUGGGAGUUCAAGGGCUAACAAUUUACCAUGUAAAAAGCCACUUGCAGAAGUACCGGCUGGCUAAGUAUCUUCCAGAUUCUUCUUCUGAUGGGAAAAAAGCUGAUAAGAAAGAAUCAGGCGAUAUGCUUUCCGGCUUGGAUGGUUCAUCUGGAAUGCAAAUAACUGAAGCGCUCAAAUUGCAAAUGGAGGUCCAAAAGCGACUGCACGAGCAAUUAGAGGUGCAAAGACAGCUACAGUUACGGAUAGAAGCCCAAGGAAAGUACUUAAAAAAAAUUAUUGAAGAACAGCAGCGCAUCAGUGGAGUUGUUUCAGAAGCGCCUGGCUCAGGAGCUUCUGCUCCUGAGACUGAUGACGUUUGCCCAGAAUCUGAUAAUAAAACUGACCCUGCAACCCCGGCUCCAACAUCUGAAUCACCUUUUGCGGACAAGCCUGCCAACGAACAUGCUUCUGUGAAGAGUUUUUCUCUGGAUGAAUCCAUGUCCUCUCAUCACGAGCCUCUAACCCCUGAUUCUGGCUGUCAUGCAAGUUCACCAGUCGAGAGCCCUGACGGGAGGCCAGUGAAAAAGAAACGUGGGAGCAGUGAUGUGGCAUUUACUAAAGAAGAGAUGGUUCUCUCCCAUUCGAUACUGGAAUCGAGCUUGAACUCUCCUUACCAACAGCCACAUCCCCUUUUCUUAACAAGUGAGCAGUUCGAUCAUUCAUCAGAACUACCCAUUGGCGAUGAAAACCAAUUGGAAAAGCUCUCUGGUAUUAUGUAAUUCCUAGAGUUGCAUAUUACUAGGAUCUUUCGGCAUCGUAGUCGUCACCAUGUAUCUGUAGUGUCUAAUAUAUAUACAUAUAACUGCAUUAAGAACCACGCCAGUAUUUAGAUUGUAAGCAGAAAGUUAGGUUUAGAAGUGUCAGUUGGACUACACACUUGAAACUUUGCUUCUAAGUGGAUGAGAGUGUUCAGUUUAAUCUUUCUGUUAAUAUAGCUUUUAGAAA